UAUAUAUUCACUUAUAUAAUGAGAUAUUUAAAUAUAGUGUCUAUUACUACUAAGCACUAGUAUUAGUUAAUGUCAAAGAAAAGACAUCAUCAACAAUUUAAUGUUCUUUGCCAUCUCUUCCUUUGACGCAAAUACUAUUAUUAACCAUGAACCACCUUCUCUUCCUUUGUCUCCCGAUGAUCUUCGUGGCUGCCCACGUUUUCAGCCGUUUCUUUAUUCGCCGGCUGAGAAAUCUCCCGCCGACCCCUUUUCCAGCGCUCCCUCUCGUCGGCCACCUCUACCUCCUACGGAAACGGCCGUUACAUAAGGCGCUGUACGACGUCAGCAAGAAGUACGGCCGGGUGCUGUUUCUCCGGUUCGGGUGGCGCCCGAUCCUCCUCGUGUCUUCGCCGUCCGCGGCGGAAGAGUGCUUCACUAAGAACGACAUCGUUUUCGCCAACCGGCCGAGGCUCCUGGCCGGGAAAUAUUUGGGGUAUAACUUUACUAGCCUCCCCUUUUUGUCGUACGGUGAGCGGUGGAGGAAUCUCCGGCGAAUCUCUACCGUUGAAGUGCUUUCCUCGUACCGAAUCCAGCAGUUGGCCGAGAUUCGCGCCCAGGAGGUCAAGGACCUGAUUCGCAAUCUCUUUCAGCUCUCGGCUUGUGAACGUAUGAAUAUUGCAGGUAGAACUGAAGCCGGCUUUGCAUGAUUUCACCUUCAACGUGAUGUCAAGAAUGAUAUUCGGGAAAAAGUACUAUGGAGACAACGCGGGAAACUCCGAAGCGGGGAAGCUGUUCCAGGAAAUAUCCAAGAGUCAGAUCAGCGUGAUUCCCAAGGCUAACGUUUUGGACUUCUUGCCUUUCAUGCGGUGGUUUGGAUUGGGAGAAGUGGAAAAGGAACUUCUCAGCAUUUUUGAGAAGAGGGAUAAAUUCAUGCAGGCUGUAAUCGAUGAGCAUCGAGGGACGACGACGAUGGCAACCAACGGCUCUCAUCACUCCUCUCCCACUCAUCCGACGAAUAAGACUGUUUUGGAUGUUCUCUUGGAGCUCCAAAAUUCUGAACCGGAACUAUAUACUGAUCAGACCAUCAGAAAUCUUUUGCUGGAUAGGUAUUACUCCAAGCAGGAUCUGAUACUACAACGGUAACCUUAGAAUGGGCAUUCUCUUAUCUCCUAGACAAUCCCCACGUGGUGAACAAGGCAAAGUCCGACAUCAUCCAAAACAUCGGAAACAACCGCAUCGUCGAAGAAUCUGACCUGGACAGCAUCCCCUACAUCCGCUGCAUCGUUAACGAGACAUUACGGAUGCACCCGGCGGCGCCGCUACUUCUGCCGCACUUCUCGUCGGAGGACAGCACAGUGGCCGGGUUUCACGUGCCGCGAGAAACCAUUUUGGUGGUCAACGCUUGGGGCAUACACCGUGAUGCAUUGGUUUGGGAGGAGCCCGAAGUUUUCAACCCGGAGAGGUUUAUGGGCGGUGGUUGGAAAAACGGGUGCAAGUUCAUCCCGUUCGGCUCCGGGAGACGGCGGUGUCCCGGCGAGAACUUGGCUCUCCGCGUUUUGGAUUUGGCCGUCGCGUCUUUGCUGCAGUGUUUUGAGUGGGAAAAGGUUGACUUCUUGAAGACGGCGGAAAGUGAAGGCAACGGCGGAUUCACCGUUUCAGCAAUGACUCAUCCUUUACGUGUUAAAUGUUUCCCUCUUCCGGUAGUCACAAAUCUUUUUUCAUAGUUACAUGAAUAAAUGUUGUAUGUUUUCGUGUAUGUAUAUUUAUUUAGAUUUACUAAGGGUUUCUUUUCCAAGGAUUUUAGUUUCGAUAUUUGGGUUAUUCAUAUACACUUAUAUAUGUUGAAUUGCUCCAUUC